AUGAUUGUACAAAGAGUGGUCCUGAAUUCCCGGCCUGGAAAAAAUGGUAAUCCAGUGGCAGAGAAUUUCCUCAUGGAAGAGGUCAAUUUACCAGAUAAUAUCACUGAAGGACAAGUACGAGUUAGAACUCUUUAUCUUUCUGUGGAUCCUUACAUGCGUUGUAGAAUGAAUGAAGACACUGGCAGUAGUUACUUAACACCUUGGCAGCUGUGUCAAGUAGUUGAUGGUGGGGGUGUUGGAAUUAUAGAAGAAAGCAAGUACAUCUAUUUGACUAAAGGUGAUUUUGUGACUUCCUUCUAUUGGCCCUGGCAAACCAAGGUUAUUCUGGAUGGAAAUAUCCUUGAAAAGGUAGACCCACAGCUUGUGGAUGGACACCUUUCAUACUUUCUUGGAGCUAUAGGUAUGCCUGGUUUGACUUCCUUGAUUGGAAUUCAAGAAAAAGGCCAUAUAACUGCUGGAUCCAAUCAAACAAUGAUUGUCAGUGGGGCUGCUGGUGCUUGUGGAUCUUUGGCUGGGCAGAUUGGCCAUUUGCUGGGCUGUUCCAGAGUGGUGGGAAUUUGUGGGACACAUGAGAAGUGCCUCUUUUUGACCUCAGAACUGGGCUUUGAUGCUGCAAUUAAUUAUAAAGAAGAAAAUGUGGCAGAACGAGUACGAGAGUUGUGUCCAACUGGAGUGGAUGUUUACUUUGACAAUGUUGGUGGUGACAUCACUGAUGCAGUGAUAAGUCAGAUGAAUCAGAACAGCCACAUCGUCCUGUGUGGUCAGAUUUCUCAGUACAACAAGGAUGUGCCUUAUCCUCCCCCACUGCCUCCUGCUAUAGAAGCAAUCCGGAAAGAAAACAACAUCACAAGAGAAAGAUUUUUGGUGUUAAAUUAUAAGGACAGAUUUGAGCCUGGCAUUCGACAGUUAAGCCAGUGGUUUAAAGAAGGAAAACUAAAGAUCAAAGAGACUAUGAUAUAUGGAUUGGAAAACAUGGGAGCUGCAUUCCAAUCCUUGAUGACAGGAGGUAACAUCGGAAAGCAGAUAGUUUGCAUUUCAGAAAAAUUCACUUUGUAA